CUGUGAGAAGAGUUGUUGGGGAAAAGAGGGAGGAAGAGAAGAAGAAAAAAAAAGUUCAAGGGAGCGCAAGAGACGUGGACAGGAGUCUUCAAACGGUACGAGCCUUAGUAUGAAGAUGUGGUUCAAAGUGCUAGUACCGUUCACCAUUGUGGUCUCCGCCCUUGGGCAGGAUUUCGCCACCCAGUGUCCGUCCCCCAAUGGGUACUUCGCUGAUGCCGUCCAGUGCGACAAGUACUACGAGUGCGUGGACGACGUCUUAACAGAGAAGCUCUGCCCUGAUGGAAUGGGCUUCAAUGACCUGAACCCAAGAGUAGAGAAAUGUGACUUCCUUUUCCAGAUCGACUGCACCGAGAGGCCUGAGUUGCAGCCAGCAAAGGCCACGGAUGUGUGUCCCCGUCAGAACGGUUACUUUCAAUUUCCUGAAGAGACCAACUGCCGCCAAUUCUACUACUGCGCUGCUGGCACAGGCAAUCUCAUCACUUGUCCGGAAGGGCUGGUCUUCUCACUCAAAACUGGCACCUGCGUCUGGCCUGAGGAAGCUGGAAGGACAAACUGUGUCUCUGAAAAGGUGGUGAACUUCACCUGCCCCAAAGUUGGCCUUGAUGCAGCAGUGGCUCAUCCUCGCUAUUCAGAUCCAGAUGACUGCCAGUACUUCUACGUCUGCAUCAAUGGUGAUACUCCUCGCAGAAACGGAUGCGCCUUUGGUCAAGUUUUCAACUCUGCUACCAAAGCUUGUGAUGUACCAAAGGAGGUUCCUGAAUGCGCUGACUACUACACAGAGUACUUUGAGAACUACUUCGCCACUCUCGGUGACGACUCUGGGAGAAUAAGUGGAGACAUCUUAGCUGCUGCAUUUGCUUCUGGUUUCGAGGUUCCUCAGCUUGGAGAGCGUCAAAGGAUUCACUCUCCUGCUAACCAGAAGAGGAAACCAACAACUUCUUCGAGAGCUCAAGUUACCAGUGCGGCUCCAGUGAGAGCGUCUGCCCCAGAGCCAGCAAGGGCGUCCGACCCAGAGCCUGCUAGUGCCCCUGCAAGGCCUGCACCUAGGACAAGACCUACCCGUCCUAAGCCUGUUGGAGGUCAAACCCACCGCCUCGGCCGUCCUACAACUACAACUACCCCACCUCCUCCCCCCCCUGCUGACCCAGUCGAUGACUAUAACUACUACGACGAAGCCCCGUUGUAUGAGGACUACCCUGUUGACGCCGAGGCUGCUGCCCCAGCUCCUGCCCCUGCCCCAGCACCUACCCCAGCCCCCACUGAGGCACCAGCCCCUCCGGCAAGAAGAGUCCCCCUCAGGCGUACGCUUGUAAGGGCAAGGAAUGAAUAGAUAGGAUUUUUAGCCUCAUUAUAAUCAACAGGGUUAAUUAUGUGUAGUGAAAAGGAAUCACUUGAUUCUCGUGGAAUCGAGGAUUCUCAGUAAACCAAGAUAAGGAACCUAAAUUUUCAAACAACCAACUUUUCAAUAUUUUGGUGGAUUGCAUUCUCAGAGAAAUUUUCCUUUUCAUCCGCCUACUUCUGUCCAGUUUCAAACUUCUUGUAUUUUUAGGGGGAGAGAAUUAUAUAUUUCCAGGCUGAAACGAAAGUGCCUUUCAAGGAAGUUUAGAAUUUCCUAAUAUUUCCUUUAUUUUUACAGCUCUACAACACAUGUAAAUAUGUAUUUUAACUAACGCAAAUUCUACCAUGCAACUUAAGUUUGAUAUAUUUUGAUAUAAUUAUUUGUUGCAGGUACAAGACAAUAUUUUUGUUUUGUUUUCUAUGUUCAAUAAAUUUGUUACGAA